AUGGAUGCCAAGAUACGGUCCAAGAGAUAUAAGUGGCUCCAGAGCUGUCCGCAGGCUCAGCUGCGUGAAGUCCGCUCAGACUGCCAACCCUGCACAUGCAGGACCCUGCAGCCGACCCCCCUCCGUCGGGGACCCUCCGCGAAGUGGCCCGGGGCUUGCGCGCGCUGCUGCGAGAGGCUGUUGCCUGCAGGGCCCGGGGAGCCCCGCCCGUGCGCCCCGUGCGGGAAGCGCUUCAGCCCCAAUGAGCAGCAGCGGAUGGGCGAGGGCCGCUCAGUGUGUGCUGAGUGUGGCCGGGCCCCGGGUGCCCCCGACGCCCCGGCCCAGCGGCUGUACGCGUGCGACGAGUGUGGCAAGGCCUUCACGCGCACCUCGAGCCUCCUGCAGCACGAGCGCAUCCACACGGGCGAGCGGCCCUACGAGUGCGCCGAGUGCGGCAAGGCCUUCGUGCGCUGCUCUGGCCUCUACCGCCACAAGAAGACGCAUCGGCGCUCUUUCCUGCCCGGCUGCCUGCCCUGCGGGGACUGCAGCCAGGAGGGAUCCCGGGGGCCUGUUGCGGGAGAGAAGCCCUACGCGUGCCCCGAGUGCGGCAAGGCCUUCAACCAGCGUUCGAACCUGAGCCGGCACCAGCGCACGCACAGCAGUGCCCAGCCGUACGCGUGCCCGCUGUGCGAGAAGGCCUUCAAGGGCAGGUCGGGCCUGCUGCAGCACCCGCGCGCGCACACGGGCGAGCGGCCCUACGGCUGCCCCGAGUGCGGCAAGACCUUCCGCGGCUGCUCCGAGCUGUGCCAGCACGAGCGCCUGCACUCGGGCGAGAAGCCCUACAUCUGCCGCGCCUGCGGCAAGGCCUUCGUGCGCAACUGCAGCCUCGUGCGCCAGCUGCGCACGCACACGGGCGAGCGGCCCCACGCGUGCGGGGAGUGCGGCCGCGCCUUCAGCCAGCGCUCCGACCUGAACGCGCCUGAAGCGGCACGCGGGCCGGCGGCGCCCUGAUGCCCUGGAGUGGCGGGUGGACGCGGUGCGUAGGGGCAGUUGUCACCGAAGCCUCACAAACGUUUGUAACCCCUAUUAAACCUCACUUUUACACAUGGCGUCCCCAGGUUUCCCCUACUGUGAAGUUUAAUUUUAUGUUUUCCAACUGGGUGCAUAGCCUCCGGUUGCAGGGGAAGAUAGCUCUCUAAGAUAUCUCUCCCAAGCUAGGAAGGAUUUUUACGAUGUCAAAAUAUCAUAAUAUAGGCCAGGCGUGGUGGCUCACGCCUGUAAUCCCAGCACUCUGGGAAGCCGAGGCAGGCGUAUUG